CUGGCUCCUCUUCCCGCCCCGUUUUCCAGGAGCCGGGCUGGGAGCAGGGCGGCGCGCGUGGGUGGGGGUUGCGCCGGGGGAGGGGAGUCGGGAACUUUAGGACCCAGGCUCCGGGGGCCCCGCCGUGACAUUCCGGGCAGCGCCGAGGGCGGACAGCCGCUCGGGCCGGAGCGAGGGCGCGCAGCCCAGAAACCACGCGGGCUGCAGAGCCGCCGCCGCGCCGCGCCGCUCGGAGAGACGGAGCAGCUCACCCAGCGCGGCCGCGCGCACCGGACGGCGGAGGACGUGACGGCCGGCAUGGGCCGCUUCCCGCUGGAGCCCUGGCUGCAGCCGCUCCUCAGCCCCGCGGGCCUGGCCCUGGCCGCGGCCCUGCUGCUCCUGGUCCUGUGCCUGCGCGGCCGGCGCACCAGGAGACCUGGUGAGCCUCCAUUGCUAAAAGGCUGGCUUCCUUACUUUGGACUGGCCCUGAAAUUACAAAAAGAUCCCAUAGGUUUCAUGAGAACUCUUCAAAAUCAACAUGGUGACACGUUCACUCUUCUCCUUGGAGGAAAGUACAUAACAUUUAUUCUGGACCCUUACCAGUACCAGUCAGUGAUGAAAAAUCAGAAAUUAAGCUUUCGAAUGUUUAGUAAGAAUAUAUUAAAGAAAGCAUUUGCCAUCCAAAGGUUGAUGACUGAUGAUGAGCUGAACAAUGAGCUUCAUGACUGCUACAAACAUUUACAAGGGAAAUCUUUGGACCUACUCAUGGAAAACAUGACGCAGAACCUACAACAAGUUUUUGAACCCAAACUCUUUAAAACCACAAAUUGGGACAUGGCAUACCUGUUGACAUUCUGCAGCUCAGUAAUAUUCGAGACCACAUUUGCAACCAUCUAUGGAAAAUCUGUUGCUGGUGAUAGGAAAGAAUUUAUUACUGAACUUAAAGAUGAUUUUUUUAAAUUUGAUGCCAAAUUCAUAUAUUUACUAUCAGAUAUACCCAUUGAGCUUCUAGGAAAUGCCAAGUCUAUUCAAAAGAAACUUAUAAAACACUUGACAUCAGAAAACUUGGCUAAUAUACAAGGAUGGUCAGAAGUUGUUCAAAUGAGGCAAGAUAUCCUGGAGAAAUACUAUACAUUCAAGGACUUUGAAAUAGGAGCACAUCAUUUAGGCUUUCUCUGGGCCUCUGUGGCAAACACUAUUCCAACUAUGUUCUGGACAAUCUAUUACCUUCUACGGCACCCAGAAGCUAUGGCAGUGCUGCGUGACGAAAUUGACCAUUUGCUGCAGUCAACAGGUCAAAAGCAAGGGUCUGGAUUUUCCAUCUACAUCACCAGAGAACAAUUGGACAGCCUGGUCUACCUAGAAAGUGCCAUUCUCGAGGCUUUACGACUCUGCUCAUUUUCGUCCAUCAUUCGUUUUGUUCAAGAGGAUUUGACUCUACCUUCAGAGACCGGGGACUACCUCAUACGAAAGGGAGACCUGGUCGCCAUAUUUCCUCCACUCAUGCACCAUGACCCUGAAAUCUUUGAAGCUCCAGAGGAGUAUAGAUUCGACCGUUUUGUAGAAAAUGGUAAGAAGAAAACCAACUUUUUCAAAGGAGGCAAAAGGCUGAAGCAUUACAUACUGCCAUUUGGAAUGGGAGCCAGCAAAUGCCCAGGCCGAUUUUUGGCAAUCAAUGAAAUAAAGCAAUUGUUAGUUGUACUUUUAACUAAUUUUGAUUUAGAAAUAAUGGAUGAUAAACCUGUACAACUAGACUAUGGCCGCUUCUUGAUUGGCAUUCAGUACCCAGAUUCUGAUGUUUUAUUUAGGUACAAAGUCAAAUCUCAAAGAAGCUAAAAGGAAAGAAAAGAUAUCUAUCAAAACCAACCUAAACAUCAUCAGCUCAUCAAUUUGUUUUUAAUUUCUGCAAAUGUAAUUGCUUUGCUUCUAUUGUUUUACGAAGUGCUAACUUUUAUUUGAUCUGAGAUCAGUCCAGCUUGUACUUGUUCAUAAAAUAAAACAGGGUGGUGUUGUGAAACUGGACAUCAAAAUUAACAUCAUAAUAAAUUAAAAAUGGUGUUUUUAAGUUUCUACAUACUGUGAUUUUUCACAUGUGAUAGUAAGUAAAUGGCAAUAAAUUUAGCACUGUGGGAUUUUUAAAAGUCACCUAAAUUCUUCUCUAAUAUGUAAAUACACACUUUAUGUACUACUGGAAAUUUGUGCUGGAAAUGAACACAGUCUAACAACUUCCAAAUUCGCAGAGAAGGAAAUUAAAUUUCAAGGAGAUAGACUGAAUGAAAAUAUUCCCUUCAGGUAUAAUAUCAAUAAUAUCUAUAUCACCAGGGUAUGCUUUCAUUACAUGAGUUGUGCAGUAGAUUAAAUACUUCAACUUCAAUAUUUAAUCACCCAUAAAUGCUCCUUAUUACUUGUAUACUAUAGCUCAAUAGAACAAAAUUUAUUCUGAUAUAAGACCACUCAUGUUCAAGUUAGAUCUGAUAAGAUUUAAUGUAUAAGAACACACAAAACCUAUUAUAUAUUCAGCAAUUUCUCUAGACAUUAGUAUUGGUUUAUUGCAGAAACAAAUGUUGAAAUUAUUAUAGGAUUGAUUGUAGCAUUUGGCUUUCGUAUAAACCACAAGAUUAUGCCAGUAUUGCAAUUUAGGCUUUCCUAAAUGCUUCUAUUUAUAUAAACAGAAACUAGAUAGCAGUAUUUGUUCUUGACACCUCACCUUUUGGGCUUGGAGUUUAUUUGUUUUAUUUUGAAUUACAACAUUAGGUAAUAAAAUAAAAUUUUAUGUGCCAAA